GGUGACGCCCCCGCGCCCCCUCCCCUCCCGUGCCGCGCUUUGCGGCGGCCGCGCGGCGCUUUUGCGACGGUACCGGCCGUAAAGCGGGAGCGCGGAGCGGCCGCGGAGGGAGGAUGGACGCCCGCUUCACCCGCGGCAAGUCCCCGCUGCUGGAGCGCGCCCUGGGCCGGCCCCGCACCGAGGUGAGCCUCAGCGCCUUCGCCCUCCUCUUCUCGGAGCUGGUGCAGUACUGCCAGAACCGCGUCUACUCGGUGGCCGAGCUGCAGGCCAAGCUGGCCCGCCUGGGCCACCAGGUGGGCCUCCGCGUCCUCGACGCCUUGGUGGCCCGCGAGAAGAGCGGCCGGCGCGAAACCAAGGUCCUCAACGUCCUCCUCUUCGUCAAGGGCCCCGUUUGGCGGGCCCUCUUCGGCAAGGAAGCCGAUAAGCUGGAGCAGGCCAACGACGACGACAAGACCUACUACGUCAUCGAGAAGGAGCCCUUGGUCAACACGUACAUCUCGGUCCCCAAGGAGAACAGCACCCUCAACUGCGCCGCCUUCACCGCCGGCCUGGUGGAGGCCGUCCUCACCGCCAGCGGCUUCCCCGCCAAGGUCACCGCGCACUGGCACAAGGGCACCACCCUCAUGAUCAAGUUCGAGGAGGCCGUCAUCGCCCGGGACAAGAGCCUGGAGGGGCGCUGAGGGGUGGGGGGUGGGGGGCGCCUGGGCUGCCCCUGGGGACGAUUGGGGGCCCUCGUCACUGUCCCUUGUCCCCCCCCUCGGCCUCCUUUGGGGACACUUGGGGGUGGGUUGGGGCCCCGGACACCACCUUGUGUCCCCCCCAAUGGGCCUCGGCCUCCUUUGGGGACACUUGGGGGUGGGUUGGGGCCCCGGACACCACCUGGUGUCCCUCCCAAUGGCCCUCGGCCUCCUUUGGGGACACUGAGGUCCCUUUGUGUCCCUGGACACCACCUUGUGUCCCCCCCCGAUGAGCCUCAGCCUCCUUUGGGGACACUUGGGGGUGGUUUGGGGCCCUCAUCGCUGUCCCCUGUCCCUCCCUGAUGGCCCUUGGCCUCCUUUGGGGACACUUGGGGUGGUUUGGGGCCCCGGACACCACCUUGUGUCCCCCCCCGAUGGCCCUCGGCCUACUUUGGGGACACUGAGGUCCCUUUGUGUCCCUGGACACCACCUUGUGUCCCCCCCCCGAUGGCCCUCGGCCUCCUUUGGGGACGCUUGGGGGUGGGUUGGGGCCCUCGUCAUUGUCCCCUGUCCCUCCCCAAUGGCCCUUGGCCACCCUUGGGGACACUGUGGGUGCUCUGGGUCCCC